AGGUGAGCGAAUGACCUUGACUUCUUGAGAUAGCUAGUUAUGUCAGGGUGAAUGUGGAAGGCUAUCUGUCACGUCUAUAUUGACCACUUCCUUGGCAUUCUAGAGCUCCAUACCACCAAGCUGACACCGGUCAAAAGCAGAAACAAAAGAGAACGUUUGAAAUCAUUCGGGAUUUUUCACUGUCAUCGAUUUUGAGGGUUGUCAAGACUGCCUAGUGAUUGGCGCCGGCCGGUUUGUCAGAAAAGACUGUAGCAGCAUAAUGGGGAAAGGAGGACAGGGAAAUAAAGGUGGACCCAAGUACCUGACAUGGGAGGAAAUCAAGAAGCAUUCCAUUAAAACUGACCGGUGGAUUGUUAUAGAUGGCGAAGUGUAUGAUGUGACCAGGUGGUCAGACAAGCAUCCAGGAGGAUCCCGACUCUUAGGACAUUACUCAGGACAAGAUGCUACAGAACCUUUUAUAGCAUUCCAUAAUGAUCUUUCUCACCCAAAAAAAUUCCUCAAGGCACUCCAUGUGGGAACACUAGCACUCUCAGAGAAACAAACCAAAGAUAUCGUUGAAGAUUUUGAAGAGUUAAGAAAGAAAGCAGAAAAAAUGGGCCUCUUCCAACCUAGUUAUUUUUUCUUUGCUGUGGUUUUGCUACAUAUACUGAUACUGGAGGCACUGUCAUACUUAAAUAUGUGGUAUUUUGGAACUGGAUGGAUACCUUGGAUUGUGUCUGUUGUUCUGUAUUCCACUGUUCAGGCUCAGGUAGGCUGGCUGCAGCAUGACUUUGGGCACCUGUCAGUGUUUAAGAACAGUAAAAUUGACCAUGUUCUGCACCAGUUUACCAUGGGGUUUAUUAAGGGUGCAUCUGCACAUUGGUGGAACCACAUGCACUAUCAACAUCAUGCAAAACCAAAUGUGAUGGGUAAGGACCCUGAUGUCAGGCUGGAGGAGUUAUUUGUGGUUGGUGAGACUAUGCCUGUUAAGAUUGCCAAGAAAAAGAAAAAUUCCAUGCCGUACAAUCUGCAACACAAGUAUUUUUUUGUCAUUGGACCACCCCUGCUGUUCCCAGUGUACUUUCAGAUAAUGCUGUUCAGACACAUCUUCACCAGAAAAAAGUGGCUGGACCUCUUCACUGUAUCAUUGUUCUUUGCAAAGCUAUUUUACCUGUAUACCCCACUGUUAGGCGUCGGAGGAACCAUUCUGUUUUAUUUUACAAUAAGAUGUGUAGAAAGUCAUUGGUUCACUUGGGUUACUCAGAGUAACCACAUUCCUAUGGAGAUUGAUGAGGACAAGGAGGAGCCAUGGAUGCCACUCCAGAUGCAUGCAACAUGCGAUGUGGAGCAGUCAUUUUUUAAUGACUGGUUUACUGGACAUCUCAACUUCCAGAUAGAACACCACCUAUUUCCAACCAUGCCCAGACACAACUAUUACAAGGUGCAACCUAUGGUGAAAGAAUUGUGUAAGAAACAUGGUAUUAAGCAUGAAGUAAAGAAGCUGUCAACCGCCUUCAAAGACAUCGUCAGAACACUGAAGCAUUCAGGAGAACUGUGGUAUGCUACAUACAGUGCUUUCCACUCUGAUUAGAAGCCAUGGACAAAUUCUUCAUGCCUAAAUACCUAGAGAACAGUUCAACUGAGAAUUUGACGAGAACUACUUUUAAAGGACUACUGGAGAAAGUAUUCUAGUGAAUUUCAUGUCAACAAUGGCCAUCUAUAGAUUCUAUCAAGUAAAAAAAUUCAGUCACAAAAUUGUCAAUAUAAGGUGAACAUUUACGUAAAAAAUAGCUAGCAAGACUACUGGUAAAACCUUGAUAUGUAAUACUAUGCGUCUUAACUGUUUGAUAUUAUAAGUGGUAGUACAAAAUGAAAAUGGUGUCAAAAUCCCCACCCCGAUUGGAAUAAUAUCUCAUAGCUUUUGAUUGGUCUUACAGUGCAAAAAGUUAAUAUAUGGUGGAUAAUUAUUAUAUUGUAUGAAAUGGAAGCUUGAUCAGGUCUUGCAUGCUGCUUUGGGGAAAAUAUCCAAAAAUAUUGUGAAAGUCACUAUGUCAGGCUGGAUUAAGUAAUAGUGAUAGUGCAAUCUUUUUUAACAGUGAUUAUUUUAAAUUUGGAAACAAUUAUAGUUAUUGUAUUCAUAUCAACUGUCUCUUACACCCCAUUUCCAUAGAUUAGAUCAACCUACUUUAGAUCGACCUAACUCCCUGGGGGUUCACGCUAAAU